AAAAAUUUACAAAAUUAACUAUUAAGAUAUUCACAAAUUUAAAAAAAGUAAAUAAUGUAUAGUAAUAAUAAUAAUUAGUCGAAUUAAUGGAGCGGAACAACAGAGCUCAUUUUAUAGCCGCAAAAGCUUGCUUUUGACUCUGAAAUAAAUUUAGAAAAGCAAUAUAAUUCAUUUGAAUAUACCACUCAUUAGCAGAACAAAUUAAAAGAUUUAUUACAUUAUUAGUUUGCUUUUGAACCUGAUAUUUAUUAAUUGCCUGGCCGCAUUAACUACAAAUCAAAUAAAAUUAAUUUAGUUGCUGAGGAUUAUCUGCCAAGCGUUAAAAUCGAUACAAAAGUGAUUAAAAAAAUCUAAUCUUUAUUAAAAGAUGGGCUAAAUAAAUAAUUCUUUUUGAAUGGAAGUAGCUUUGAGUCUAGUUCUCAUGAUCUUGUUCAUUAAACUUUUUAUUUAGACAAAGUAUCAUUUGACUUUGAGGACUCAUUUGAAAAAUCAUUUUAUGGCAGAUAAGAAUAUAGUUUAACUUGUUUUUGUAUUGGCGAUGUUAGUAGAACAAUGAAACCUUCAAAGAUAAUGUAAGAAUAAAUGAAAGAAGCUAUAAAAGGUAUAUCAAGUUUUUAGGGUAUUGAUUUUUCUGAAGUUUAAGAAUAUUAAUAUAGAAAAACUGAUCUUUUAUACUUGAACCAUUAUAGAAUAUUUUUGUUUUUUGAAUCAUAUUCUAAUUAAAAAGAAUAAUUCAAAAUUCAUAGAUACCUUUAUUAUCCAAGAAUAAACUUUACAGCUUAGCUUAUUUCUUAGCCAUUCAAGCUAGUUUCCACACCAAUCGCAGCUUUUCUCACUUAAAAAAUAAAAAAUAGUGAUUUAACUUAAAAAGAAAUUGCUAAAAGAAGAAAUUUAGUUAGAUAUGGAUUUUUAAGUCUCGAUAGAAAUUCUAGGAUGAUUCCUCUUCAUGCUUCUGAUGAUUACUGUGUUUAGAUUCCAUUAGUGGGUGUUUGGACUUAUGGUAUUGAGUUUUCUGAAGAUGAAUCACUCGAACAUUCUGAUAAAAGAUUUGUUUGGAGCUUACUUGCUGAAUUUGUUAAAAAUAAAACUAUUGCAUAAAGAUUUACUUAUAAUUAACAGUAAAAAACAUUUAUAUUAGCUGUAUUUAAUCUUGACAGAAGUACUAAAUACUACGAAAUAUGUAUUUAAGAAAAAUUAGAUGAAGAGGAUGAAACAGAUCAUUUAUACUCUUAAUAAGAUAAUUUAAAUGAGUCUAAUUGCUAACCUAUAAAAAGAAAUUGGUGUAUGAUUAAAAACUACAGCAAUAGCAUUGAUUAAUCUUAAAUUUAAAUGAAUUAUUCAAAUGACAUUGCUUCUAAAUUAUCAGUUGAAUACCCAUUUAGAUUUUCUUCUAAAAUGAUUGUAAAUUAAUUUGAUGAUGAUGAAUUUUUCAAAAGCAUAAAAUAAUAAUAAAUGAAACAAUCAUAAGUAGUAUCUCAGUAAUAAUAAAAUUAAUAGUACUAAUAAACUUAUAACUAACAUCAAAAUAAUCUAUAGGUGAAUAAUACAAACACAAUUAACAAUAAGUAAACAGUAAAAAGAAACACUAAUAAUACACCUAACAAUAUCAAUAAUAAUGUAAAUAAACAAAGAUAACUUCAACAAGCUAACCCCAAUACUAAAAAUGUAGAUACAGAUGAAACUGAAACAUAAAAUUAAACCAUUAAUAGCAACAAUCAUUACAAUAACAAUUUAGUUACUAUAAAGAGCUAAAUUUUAGAGUUAUAAAAUAAACAAGAAGAUUAUUUCUUAGAGUCUUAAAAGAGCAUCUAAUCAGCAUCAUUUGCUAAUAAUUAAACCUUCUCAUAAAAUUUGCACCUUUAGGUUUAAUCUGAAAAUACAAAUAAUCAAAAUAACACUAAUACUGAUUAAGGAUUAUAGCUUCCUCCUGCUGCUGAAAGAAUAAUUUAAUAACAGCAAGAAUAAAUAAAUAAAAUGAGCUAACAAAUUCAACAGCUAACAGAAGCCUUAAAAUAAUUCUAAAACAACUCUUCAAGACAAUUUAUGGAUAACUAGAGCUAAUACUCAUACCCUCUUAGCCCUUAAUCUCAAUCAUAAAUUAUCUAAAAUCCACCUUCUUUGAAUUAUAACUAACCUCGAAAUAUGAAUCACCCAAUGUAUAAAAACUAUCCUCCUAUGCCUCCCCCUUAUUAUUAUGAUUAAUAUCAUUUUUACCCUCCUCAUCCUCAAAUGGGACCUCAUUAAUAUCCUCCUUACCCUCCAACUCCUAUGAGCGACCAUCCCUAUAGUAUGUAUCACAGAGCUCCAUAUUACAUGUAAGAAUCUUAUAUUAGUGGAGAUGGAAAGAGCAGUAAAGUAGGGAUGAUGAACAACAUGAUGAAUAAUAAUGGAAACUUUAACAAUUUUGGAGUUGAUGCGAUCAGUGACAUUUAGUCAAUAAAGAAGGAGGAUGAUACUCAAAGUGAAGCUUCAAAUCAAAAUGUGCUCAAUAAUUUUAACAAUCCAUAAAAGAAUGUUAUUAAUAUGAAUUAACAACAAUUUGAGAAUAGAUCAUUCUCUAACAACAACACUAUGGGAGAGGUUAAUGUUAAUACCAUCAGAAACAAUGAUAAUUCAAACAUAAUCAAUAAUUUCAUGCAACAAAAUUAAAAUUCAUAGAUAAAUUAAUCUGCACAAUCUGCUUAAUCAUUAUAGCUUGUCUAAUAGAGCUCUUUAUAGUCCAUAAACAAUUAAAGUCUCUAAGAUUAAUCUAACAGCUCUUCUAAUAAUGACAGCAAAAAGCACCUUAGAGAAGGAAGCAUAGUUAAUUAGAUAUAAAAAUAAAUAAGUCAAUUUGGAAUUGAAAAUACUUUCUAAUUUAAAGAAGAAGGAAACAUCUCUGUUAAAGGAGGAAGAAAAAGUGAAUUCCAAUUCGACACCUAAUAAAAUUAAAAUGAUUUUAACUAGGUUUCCGAAAAAAAUAGCUUUGAAUGCGCCUCAGAUUAAUACUCUAAAUAUUCUGCUCACAUGUAUUAUGGUGAAGAAUAAAAAAUACAAAAAUAAAAUGAAUAAGAAAAAAUAAUAUCAGUUAGGCCAUCUAUUGACUAGCCUGCAAACAAAUUUUAACAUAAGCAAUAAGAGUCAUUAAAUUAGCUCCAUUUAUCUCAAAUAAAAUUAAACUAAAAUGAUAAGGAGACAAAUAAAAAUAUUCCUUGUUAAAAUGACGAUUUUAUAUCAAAAUAAGAAAAUAAACAAAUUAAAUCGCCUGCAAAAGUAAUGAACGAAGAAAAUUAAAUUAAACUUAAAUAAAUGGAAAAAAAUAUAAAAGAAUUCGAAAGCGAAGACACGUUUACCAUAGAUGAAAUAGUUAACUUGAAAAUGAAAACUGAUUUCUUUGACUCUAUAAAAAAGGCUCCUUGCUCAUCAAGUUCAAAUAAAGGAAAAGAAAAUAAUAAUAACAUAAAUACAUUUUAAAUAAAAAACAAUAGUAAUUUCAAUAACAACAAUACCUCCACUACUAAUUUUACAAAAUCUUCAAACACUCCUUAAUCUAGUUCUUCUAAUUGCUAAUCUUCAAGCAGUACUAAAAUGUAAAUUCCAACCAUAAAAUAACCUAGUUUGAUUGACUCUGAUGACUCAGAUAAUGAUGAAAUGAAAGAAAUUCAAAAGAGAUACAAAAAUUACAUAGGCAUUUGA